UGUAAGUUUCUAAAUUUAGACGUGGUAUUGCACCAUAAGACAGCAAGCCGGUCGGGAAGUUCCAUAGUAGAUUGAAUUUGAGCUAAGAGGUGGGACAGGGACCGAAGGACAGAAGAGCGCCACAGAAGGCAGCUACGCGCAGGUUAUUCAUCCUGGAAAGCGGUUUAUUCUCCGACACAUCAACGUCGUCAACCAACGACUUCAACAAACUGGACACGUUUCUAAAGUCGGCUGACACCAUUGCAACGAUGCAGGGAGAGGAAAGUUCGGUGUUUGUCCCAACCGGCUCUGAGUUUAUUCCCGACACGCUGGAUGAGUUAGUUGACUGGCUGGAUCUCGAGGGUGAUUCUACCAGGAAAGCUAACGAAAUCCAGCACUUCCGCACGUUCGGUACAGAAGACAAGUGGCCUAUUUAACGAAGGGCCAGCUGAUGACUUGAAGUUCAACUUAAAGCCGUCAGCUGAUGACCUAUUGAUGUCGAUCGACAACGGUAACAAUGCAUUGAUGCUGGGCAGCUUUGACCCAGGGAUGCUAAGUUAUCUCGAUCCACUGGCCGAAGCCAGUCUUGAUAGUUUUGUGGAUCUUUCUACCUUCCUUGAGGAGGAUAGAACUGUUGAGCCAGUAGAUGGAGCUGCAGAAGAUAUUGAUGCACUAAUGGAAAAGACAAAACCUGUUGAGGUUGCGGUGGAAACUGCAGAGCCAUCUAUGAAGCGCAAGUUUGAAGAGGUUGUGGAAUUUGUAGAUGUGGUCAGCAUGGAGGAAGAGGUUGUGGCUACAACCCCCGACCAUGACUAUGUCUGCAAACGUCCUCGGCUGUCUACUUCAUCUAGUGUGAGUGAGGAAUGGGGACCUUCUGGCGCUGCUGCGUCCACAAGCCCCGUUCCACUUGUACAGAAGUAUCGUCAACGCCGCGACAAGAACAAUGUUGCUUCACGCAGAUCACGUGAAAUAAGGAAACAGAAAUUUGUUGACAUGGAAUCCCAAGCAGAUGAACUUAUUGUUGAUAAUGAGAAACUCCGAUUGAAGAUUGUGGAUUUGGAGAAAUUAGCGAAGGAAAUGAAAGCCAUUCUUGUUUCCAAGUUGUCAGGGAAGUAAACAUUGACUUGAAGCGUCGUACAUGAUACUUACAUUGUUAUCUGACAGCUGAAUGCUCAACGGCUGUUGUAGCAGCUCAGUCAUGUAGAACAUUGUUUAUUUAUCAUUUAAAGAGGAAACAUAAAUGUUUCUAUGUUAGAGUAGUUACUUGUUUGAAUUUAUUUGAAAUCCGUACUACUGAAGGAAAUUGCCACUGCUUCUGUAUGGGCAGUUUGCAGUGGUAGACUGAUUAAGACAAAACUGGUCUAAAUUACACCUUCUAGUAAUAACGUAUUCAGAUUUGAAUAUCUGAGUGUUUUAACAUUGAUGUUGAUAACACUAUAAGAAAUGCAUUUUCAAAAUAUGAUUGUUUUAAAUUAGUUUGUUUUAAAUGUCAAAAGGAAAUUAUUUAGUCACAUUUGAAGGAAAUAAAAUAAAAUGAUUUGUUUGAAACUUUACCUAGAUAUUUUAGAAAGUCUUUUUAGACCAGGGGUUAUGAAAUCAAUUGAAGGUUUCCAUGGAGAGGAUAUUCCUUUAGUAUUACUGGAUUUCUAUCAUGAUGAACUGAAACACCAUUGACUGAACAUAUGUUAAAUAAAGUCAUGUUGCUUGAAUGUUAGAAUUGAAAAAAAGAAUGUACAUCUCUUAAUCUCUUCAUAAGACUUUAUGUUGGUGGGACGUCAUUGGAAGGAAAAUGUACACCCCUUAAUCUCUUCAUAAGACUUUAUGUUGAUGGGAUGUCAUUCUGAUAAAAAAAUGCCCCUUAAUCUCUUUUUGAGACUAAACUCAUGGGGAUAGUAACUCUCAGGAGUUGUGUUGUUGAUUUAUAUUCCAUGCAUUAAUCAUGUUGAUUGUGUGAAACAUGUUACUAAUGUACAGUGUUUCAUACAGAUGUAUCAGUGUGUCUACUGACACUACUGAAUCACUUCAUAGACAAAAAGUACAUUGUGUACAAAUGCGAAACAAAAAACCAAAACAUUUAAAAUGGCAGAGAGUAAUAUUUUUCUUGAUGUGUUAUUGUGCCAAUAUGAAUGAUGUUUUGUAUUUGUAUGUGUGUCAACCAUGCCAUUAUCCAUUACUGACUAUAUUUACCUUAAAGGGUUAACCGUUGAAACAGAAUUUAUCAAUAUGUGUCAGGGAAUGAUGUGACAAGUGUCAACGUGACUCUUUGUCUUGUACAAUAUUCACACAUUGAUGGCAUUAAAAGGGAUUUAUCUAGACCUGAUCAAAGACAGAUAUUCAGGUUAGGGCAUGCAAAUGUAAUAAAUGUCAAACAAAAUUCUCAAGAGGAAAUUAUAACUUUUCCAUAUGAUGUUAUAACCUGUGUUAUGAUGUGAUGGCUUGGUCAAGUUGACAUGUAUUUUACUGAUAAUGGAACUAAUAUUCAUAUUGCUUGAGAUGCAAUGUCAGAAUAUAGUGUUUAGAAAACUUGGAAAUAUAACACCCCCAAUUUUAAGUAAAAUGGUAUUGUUUACCCAGCUGAGCUGAUAUUGUGCAUUUUCUUUGAUAUCCUAGAUAAAUCCCUGGAUAUACACAGAAGAACAUUCAUGCUCUUACAUUAAGAGCCACAGAUCUCUUAAUGUUCUGAUGCUAUAUGUAUACGCCACAAGUGGUCCAUAUAUCAUUGAACUUAUAGGCAUUUUGAAAGGAAAUAAAUCAGGGAUAAAUAUAGAUUAAAAGUUCACUGUGAACUUGUGUGGAUAUGACGGGUUUUUGAUUGUAUGAAGUUGAGAAAAAUGGAUGCAAACUUAAAGAGAUGUGUGAACUUUUGCGAGAUCUUGCGUCAGUUUGUUGAUGUUUUAUCACUGUUUCAAUCUUUUCUACAUGGGGAAAGAGUGGGUUAUUUAUGUCUGGAUGAGCAAUUCCAGCAAUAUUUGUAUUUUCAGGAGGCCUAUCAGUUAAAGGUGCCUUAUGGAUUUGUUUGCCAGAAACAUGCUAUGAGGAAAGAUUUAAUAUUUGCUCCCAUAAUUCAUUGUAUUUGUAAAUCUGUCUUUCAUUUUCAUCAUCAUCUUGGAAAAUAAUGCAAUAUUGUUUUUUUCAUCAUUGAUGCUAUUUAUAUAUUUUCAAGGUGUAUGUUAAUUUUUAUGUACUGUUGACUGACGAGAAGUCUCAGUAGGAUGCUGUUGACAGACCUUUUUUUACUGGUAAAUAAACUGAAGAUAUUGUA